GUUCUGCAAGUGGGCAGAGCAAACACAGAGGCUCGUGCGCUGAGGCUAGAAUCUCAUCCCUCCAGUCUGCCCCACACAACGACGUCUCCGGUCGCUCCUUCCUUGGAUUUUAAGUCUUAUUACCACCAUUUAACAUCGCCGUGAGCCACCGACACAAACCAUUAAGAAGGAGGAUGCAGCAGGUCAGACUCGGUCCCCUGAGAUGCUACUGAGCGAUGAGGAUGGGUCAGAGAAGGAAAUCGCGCUGGUGAGGCAAACAAGCCGUGCACCACCCCUCAAAAACCACCGCAGCUACACCGACUGACGCAGCCAUGCCCCGCCUGCCCUCCUGAUUCUCCUCCCUGACUUCUGCGCCUCCCGCUCGGUCCAAUCAGAGUCACAGCAACUCCCCGUUGAGUCAGCAUGGCUACUCCCUUUCUGUGGAAGCUGUCGUCCCAGAAGCUGGGCUUCUUCCUGGUCAGCUUCGGGUUCAUCUGGGGCAUGAUGCUGCUGCAUUUCACCAUCCAGCAGCGGGCCAGCCAUGAGAACAGCGCUGUACUACGGCAGCAGAUCCUGGACCUCAGCAAGCGCUACAUCAAAGCGCUGGCUGAGGAGAACCAGAGUGUCAUGGAUGGACCCUAUGUCGGUACCAUGACUGCUUAUGACUUGAAGAAGACCCUCGCAGUGCUGCUGGAUAACAUCAUGCUGAGGCUGGGCAAGCUGGAGUCGAAGGUGGAGAACAUCUACAACGGUACAGGGGGAAACCUCACCAACGGCACCAGCACCGCCACACCCAGCGCCACAAACUCAGAGAAAGUGAACGUGGCAGACCUCCUAAACGGAGCCCAGGAGAAGUGUGAGCUGCCGCCUUUGGAUGGUUUCCCUCACUGCGAGGGCAAGCUCAAGUGGAUGAAGGAGAUGUGGCGCUCAGACUCCUGCUACGCCAACUACGGCGUGGAUGGAUCCACCUGCUCCUUCUUCAUCUACCUCAGUGAGGUGGAGAACUGGUGUCCUCGCCUGCCCUGGAGGACAAAGAUCCUGAAUGAAGAAAUAGACCGGAGGGGACAGGCGGAGAUCCGCACCAGCUUCGAGGAGCUUUACCGCGUGAUGUCACAACGGGAGGAGUUCCGCUGGAUGAUGCUGAGGAUCAAACGCAUGGCCGAGCCGUGGGUCAGCGCCAUCCGCUCGCUGGCUGCCAAGCAGAACCUGGCCAAGCGUCGGAGGAAGAAGAUCCUGGUCCACCUGGGCCUGCUGACCAAGGAGUCGGGCUUCAAGAUAGCAGAGAACGCCUUCAGCGGGGGCCCGUUGGGCGAGUUGGUCCAGUGGAGUGACCUCAUCACCACGCUGUACCUGCUGGGCCAUGACGUCCGCAUCUCUGCCUCCCUGGCUGAGCUCAAAGAGAUCAUGCGGAAGGUUAUGGGGAACAAGUCCAGCUGCCCGACUCAGGGUGAUAAGGUGGUCGAGCUCAUCUACAUUGACAUUGUGGGCCUCACCCAGUUCAAGAAGACACUGGGACCCUCCUGGGUCCACUACCAGUGCAUGCUGCGGGUGCUGGAUUCGUUUGGGACAGAACCAGAGUUCAAUCACGCCCACUAUGCCCAGUCGAAGGGCCACAAGACGCCCUGGGGGAAGUGGAACCUCAACCCACAGCAGUUCAACACCAUGUUCCCUCACACCCCAGACAAUAGCUUCCUGGGCUUCGUUGUGGAGCAGCACCUCAAUGCCAGCGACAUCAAGCACAUUGACGACAUCAAGAGACAGAACCAGUCGCUAGUCUAUGGCAAGGUCGACAACUUCUGGAAGGACAAGAAGAAAUACCUUGACAUUAUCCACAGCUACAUGGAGGUUCACGGCACUGUGCAUGGCACCAGCACUGUGCACCUCCCGAGCUACGUUAAGAACCACGGCAUCCUGAGUGGCCGAGACCUGCAGUUCCUCCUCCGAGAAACCAAAUUGUUUGUGGGUCUGUCCUUCCCCUACGAGGGUCCUGCUCCCCUUGAGGCCAUUGCCAACGGCUGCGCCUUCCUCAACCCCAAAUUCACCCCACCAAAGAGCAGCAAGAACACCGACUUCUUCAAGGGCAAACCCACUUUGAGAGAGCUGACCUCUCAACACCCGUACGCUGAGGUGUACAUCGGUCAGCCCCAUGUGUGGACAGUGGAUAUCGAUAACUCUGCUGAGGUGGAGAGGGCCAUCCGCUCCAUCCUCAGCCAGAAGAUUGAGCCCUACCUGCCCUACGAGUUCACCUGUGAGGGGAUGCUGCAGAGAGUCAACGCCUUCAUCGAGAACCAGGACUUCUGCCACGGUCAGGUGAUGUGGCCUCCUCUCAGCGCUCUGCAGGUCAAACUGGCCGAGCCUGGUCGCUCCUGUAAGCAGGUGUGUCAGGAGGAGCAGCUCAUCUGCGAGCCGUCCUUCUUCCAGCACCUCAACAAGGACAAGGACCUGGCCAGGUUCGGCGUGGACUGUCAGACGGUGGAGUCGAGCGCCGACACGUUGGUCCCGGCCUACAGCGAGACGCGCCACCACUGCAUCUUCCAGUCGGACCUGCUGCUGUUCAGCUGCGCCGGCGCCCACCAGUCGCUGCGACGCAUCUGCCCCUGCCGCGACUACAUGAAGGGUCAGGUGGCACUGUGCAAAGACUGCCUAUAGCACCCACACCCAGGCUGACUGGUGGAGUGUGGGGUGGGGCAGGGGCAUGGAAUUGGGGCUAGGUUUUUUGGGGGGGCAGGCUUUAGGCUUGGUGGGGUUAAACAAAGUCAGAGCAGCUUAAGGAGUGCGUGGUGUUUCAGAGACAGACACACACUCCAGGGUAUCAGUCAUACACACACACACAUCGGACUUCUUUGUGAGCAGACAAACAUUCAUAAGACUGCAUUUGUUCUUCAUAUUUAUUGUCCCCUCCACCCCCCCACCCCCCAGCUGCUGGAAGUAAAGCACUCCUGCAGCAUCCGUCAACCUUCAGAUUCACCAGUGGGCGGCGCUAUGAGUCCAGGAAGUGGUAUGAAAUUUACUUGAAUCAACAAAGGGAGUCAUGUUCGACUUAAAAGCCGCAGCAGAUGAGUUCCCUGCUGCCGCCUUGGUAGACUGCACAUAUCAGUGACUGGCUGCCUGUUUGUCUCCAGGGGUAAACGAGGGCAGCAAGGGACCAAGGAGACUCAAAUGCCCCUUCCUGACACCCGCCCCGCCCCGCCCCCUCCACUGCAACCCCUCCAUCCACUUCCCCCCUGCUCAAAUCUGAAACUGUUUAUUCUUUAGGUAGAUUUGCACUGGACUGGCAUGCCUGAAGGCCCACACACACAUACACACACACAUACACAUACAUACAGAUACAUAUAUAUACACAGGGGCCUAAUAGACAGUGGCUAAAGACAAAACCAGUUUUACACUGUAACCAACUCGUUCCUCUCUUCUGGACAGACGUGAUGAGAGCGGACAUGUAACAUAGAUAUCUAGAUUUUUAUUCUGGAAGUUUUAUCAUUUCCUGACACGUACUCCAGACGUAAAGCAGACUUCAUUCUCCCUUAAGACACGGUCAGUUCCUUGAUUUUCAUACGUUUUUGUUGCACACUUGUUCUAAACAAGAGACGUCUUAUUUAAAGUUGUAAAGAGGACUGAGUGUGUGUUUCUAGACAAGGCCAGUAGAGAAUUGUAAAAAUGUUGUUGUUCGACUGUUUCAGUACACCAUCCGGUACGACGACACACACACACACCCUGAGAGGCGAGGGUCAGGGAGAGGGUGAGUGUCAUUCUCUGUAGCUACAGCUGUCGUGUACGGAAUUGCCAUGUUUGUAGGAUGUCGUGACGUUGUGUCGUAGAUGAUAGGUCGUCGUCGGUAGCAGCGGUAACACCCAGACGCAUCACAGCACAGACUCCACAGCCUGCAGAGACACGUCAAAACCUUCCCCAGAUGUUAGUCUGUUAAAAAAAUACAAAAACACAGAACCACGCUCAUCUCACCCGCCCACCAGACAGCAGCUGUAAAUCCUUUCGAGCAAAAGUGUAAGCAACAAAAACAUGCCAACGAUGCAAAAUCUCGCAUCUCCUCGUUUUCUUUGGAUAAUCGUUAGGAUCUUAAUUUGCCUGCAGAUUUGCAAAGAAAAAAAUUACAAUAAAAAUAAAAUUUGUAGUUCAUUGUGGUGAAUGGAAAAAAUGCACUACGUUUAUCUAAUUGCAGAGGUUUAACAAAAUAUUAGUAACACUGUAUAUUGUUCAUAUGAGUUUCUUUUUUAUUUAUUUUGUAUACAGAUCUUUAUCUCUGUUUGCUGGAAAUCUUUGUUUUUAUUUAUAGGAGGGGUCUUUCUUUUUUCCUUUUAUAGAUUUUUAUUUAUGGAGAGUAAUUAAAAAAAAAAAAAAAAAAAGCGUGCUUAUCUUGAAGUGUAUGACCGAGAGGGGAGGUGUCCUCAUCUGCUUCUGUUCAGCUUUGAGAAGUGAUGUGAAGAAGAAAAAAUGUUUUCCAUGUAGACAAAAAGGAUGUGUUAAAAGUUAGAGGGAGAUAAGUCAUUUCCUAAUGAGAAUAAUUACUGCUUAGCUGUUUUAUUCAUUAAAAAUCUAAAGGUCUGAAAUUUGGUUUUAAACUUAAACUUUUAGUCUUAACCAAGAAUCUUAAUAAUAGAAUAAAACCCAUGUUAAUAAUUCUCUCUUCUUCCUCAUCACUGUCUCCUGAGGAUGGACAGAAGUGGACUACUGUGCCUCAGGAGCAGGAGCCUCAUACACUUUGUGCUUUGAUUUCCAAUCUCAGUUUUUCUGUUUGCACACGAGUACAUUCAGACUGAACGGCACCGUCCACCUACCACCUCUACUUUCUCACUGUGUCAGCUCAGACUGUUGUUAUGUUUCCUUGUUUGUUUUUUUUCUUUUUUACUUUUGUAAACAGGUCAGUGAUCUGCCGCCAAGUUAGUGUUUCAAAGAACAUGAUGUGCCUUUUUAUGGUUAAGUUUGGUUCUGCUUCUGUUUGACUGUCAUUGAGCUGUUUGAGCCCGACGGUCUGCUGCGCUGUGUCAGGGGUCACUUCAGCCAAUUCAACAUGUUCACUUGAAAACACACAGCUCACACACCUGAGAUACAGCCUUCAGUCCCAACUUUAUCUCCACAGAUCAGAUGAUGGAAUCUGCAGUAUCCUUUCCUAAAUCCAUUUUAUUGUUGGGAAGAAAAUAUUUUGUUAUUUUUCUUACUUUAAUUUAAUACAUAUUUUGUACAAGUUACAUGAGUAAAUGUAAUUGAUCCAAACUUUUUAAAUUAUUAAGCUCAGUCAAACUGUUCAGGUUUGGGUUCAAAACAAUAAAAAGUAAACUGUUUGGCCCUUCACUGGUAACCAUCUGACCAUCAGCCAGUUAUAAGAAAGGAUAAUACCAGUGUUAAUUGUUAGUGCAUCUAAUGUUUUCCAUAUAUUUAUAAGAAGCCUAUCAGUGGCUUUACAUGUUAUCAAGUAAUUUCAUUUCCCAAUUCCAGCAAUAAUGUGAUUUCAUUUAAAGACACAAAUUGGUUUAUAAACAUGUUUUGGAGGAAUCAGAUUAAUGCAACACAUGCACUGUAAAUAUUUAUUUUCUGAUUUUAUCACCUUAAACUGAUGAUUCACCGUGACCUGUUUUCUUGCUUUUCUGCAUGUGACUUCCUCUUAGUAAAUGUGACAAAUAUACAUGUGGUUACAGAUUCAUCAAAGGUGUAAGACACUGGUGUUAUCUUUUCAUUUAAAGGAUAGGCUGGCUGUUUGUAUAUUUGUGUUUCUGUCAGCAGAUUCCAUGCAAAGACCAAAACCAACCAUGUGUUAGUUUGUUUAUACUUACAGCUUUCAGCCCCAAACCCACUGGUUCCUGCUGAAGAUUUAAAUCUUUUAAAAUUGGACACGAAUAUUUAAAUGUUUUCUAAUUGGUUUCUUUAAAUAGCUGGUAUCAAAUGCAAAGACUAUGUUCAACUGUGGAUGAAUACAUAUUUGGGCAGCAGGAUGGUGAGUGUGGGAUGACUUCAAAUGAACUACAGCACCUACAUGCAUCUUUUGGUAAAAAAAACAACAAAACAUUUUAAAACCUCCGCUGACGCAUUUAAAUUGAAAGAACAGCAGCAUCUGAAGUUUUGUCUCAUGUGAGCAGCUGUAAAGACAGAUAGUUAAACAUUUUUUUGUUUGUUUUCACAGUCCUUGAUGAGUAAGAGGGAUAUAACUUUAUUUUUAAAUAAACCUUUUUUCUGUGACAAAA